UGUUCAUGACAUCUUCAGCCACGUGGUGGUGUUGUUUGUAUCAGUUUGGUUCCUGCGGUGUGAAAUAUUGGAGUCUUAUGUCGGAACCAAUGUAUAUAUAAAAGAAAAGUCUUUCCUUAUUUCCACAGGCUUUUAUCCACACAGGAGACUAUCAGAAAUGAAAUGCUAAAAUGAGACGGAGACACACUUGACCUGAAUAUUGAAUUUUUGCGGCCCAUUUUUAUAGGUGCUGAUUGCCAAUGUCACUCUCGUCGAUGACACCGCAGGCUGUGUUUUGGUCAUAAUGCCGUCAUCGUCACGGAAAGUUGCUGCGAAGGACCCGGAGGCAGCUGACCUGUUCUUCAAAGAGGAUCCAGUGGAGCUCUUUUCUGACUUGCAUGAAAUUGGCCAUGGAAGUUUCGGGGCAGUUUACUUUGCCAGAAAUUCUCGCACAAAUGAGGUGGUGGCGAUCAAGAAGAUGUCUUACAGUGGGAAGCAAACCACAGAGAAAUGGCAGGACAUCAUCAAAGAAGUGAAGUUUUUGGUUCAGCUCAAGCACCCGAACACCAUACAGUACAAAGGCUGCUACCUGAAAGAGCACACUGCCUGGUUGGUCAUGGAAUACUGCCUGGGAUCAGCUUCUGAUUUAAUAGAGGUUCACAAGAAGCCGCUUCAAGAAGUAGAAAUUGCUGCCGUUACCCAUGGUGCCUUGCAAGGUCUGGCUUACCUGCAUUCCCAUAACCUGAUUCACAGAGAUGUCAAAGCUGGAAAUAUUUUACUGACAGAGCCAGGCCAGGUGAAACUGGCAGACUUCGGCUCUGCUUCUAUAGCCUCUCCUGCCAACUCCUUUGUGGGAACGCCUUACUGGAUGGCCCCUGAAGUAAUCCUGGCUAUGGAUGAAGGAGAGUACGAUGGGAAAGUGGAUGUGUGGUCUCUGGGAAUCACUUGCAUCGAGCUGGCUGAGCGCAAGCCUCCACUUUUCAACAUGAACGCAAUGAGUGCCUUGUAUCACAUAGCCCAGAACGACUCCCCUGCACUGCAGUCACAUGAGUGGUCCAAUCCUUUCCGAAGUUUUGUUGAGGACUGCCUACAGAAAAUUCCUCAGGACCGACCAUAUUCGGCUGAUCUGUUACAGCAUGCCUUUGUUAUCCGGGAACGGUCCCCGACGGUCCUGACCGACCUCAUACAGCGGACAAAAGAUGCCGUCCGAGAGCUCGACAACCUUCAGUAUCGAAAAAUGAAAAAGAUCCUUUACCAGGAGAGGCACAACGGGCCACUGACAGAGUCCCAGGAGGAAGAGGAGGUGAGGAUAACGAACCACCAGCACAAGACGAUGCAGCAGACACCUGCGCAGUUCAUCAAGGACUGCGAACACGCAAGCAGCAAGAUGAACAGCCUGGGCAGCAACCACUCCAUCCCCAGCACGUCGGUGAGCACGGGGAGUCAGAGCAGCAGUGUGAACAGCAUGCAGGAGGUGGUGGACGAGAGCAGCUCUGACAUAGCCAUGAUGCACGACUACGACAGCACCUUGGAGUCUGAGCCCUCCGCCGUGCCCAGAAAGGAUCAUGUAUUCGUAAGGGAUGAAGCAAGCUACAGGGAUCCCAGGCCUGAGCUGCGGCCUACCUUGUCUGUCCAGAGCCAGGCCCACAACUACAAGAACCGAGAGCGCUUUGCCACAAUCAAAUCUGCGUCUUUGGUUACGAGGCAGAUCCAUGAGCAUGAGCAGGAGAACGAGCUGCGGGAACAGAUGUCAGGAUACAAGCGGAUGCGACGCCAGCACCAGAAGCAGCUGAUCGCUCUGGAGAACAAGCUGAAGGCCGAGAUGGACGAGCACCGCCUCAAGCUACAGAAGGAGGUGGAGACUCACGCCAACAAUGCGUCCAUCGAACUCGAGAAACUGGCCAGGAGACAUGCCCUGUACACCGACAAAGAGAUAAAAACAGCGUCGGCAGAUGAGAAAAAGUUCCAGCAGCAGAUCGUGGCCCAGCAGAAGAAGGAGCUCACCAACUUCUUAGAUAACCAGAAGAAGCAGUACAAGAUGUGCAAGGAAAAGAUAAAAGAGGAGAUGAAUGAAGACCACAGCACACCCAAGAAGGAGAAGCAGGGGCGCCUGUCCAAACACAAGGAGAACAUGCAGCACUCGCAGGCAGAGGAUGAGGCCCAGCUGCUGAGUCAGCAGAGAGUGUACUACGACAGGAACUGCCGCUCCUUCAAACGAAAGAUCAUGAUCAAGAGGCACGACUUCGAGCAGGAGCAGAUAAGAGAGAACCAGGAACUCAAUAAGAAGAAGACCCAGAAGGAGAUGGAGCACGCCAUGCUGAUCAGACACGACGAGUCCACCCAGGAGCUCGAGAACCGGCAGCUGAAGACGCUGCAGAAGCUGAGGAUGGACCUGAUCCGCCUGCAGCACCAGACUGAGCUGGAGAACCAGAUUGAGUACAACAACCGGAGAGAGAGGGAGCUGCACAGGAAGCACGUCAUGGAGCUGCGACAGCAACCCAAGAACCUGAAGGUCUUGGAGAUGCAGAUUAAAAAGCAGUUCCAGGACACGUGUAAAGUGCAGACAAAGCAGUACAAAGCGCUCCGGAACCAUCAGCUGGAGGUCUCUCCGAAGAGCGAACACAAGACCAUACUGAAGGCACUGAAGGAAGAGCAGACGCGGAAGCUGGCCAUUCUGGCAGAGCAGUACGAACAAAGCAUCAAUGAGAUGAUGGCCUCGCAAGCACUGCGACUGGACGAGGCCCAGGAAGCAGAGUGCCAAGCAUUGAAACACCAGCUUCAGCAGGAAAUGGAGCUGCUCAACGCCUACCAGAGCAAGAUCAAAAUGCAAACCGAAGCGCAGCACGAGAGAGAGCUGCAGAAACUGGAGCAGAAGGUGUCCCUGCGGAGAGCCCACCUUGAACAAAAGAUUGAAGAGGAGCUGGCUUCACUUCAGAAGGAACGCACAGAAAGGAUCAAGUAUCUGCUGGAACGGCAGGAAAGGGAGAUCGAAACCUUUGAUGUGGAAAGCGUCCGACUCGGGUUCGGAAACUUGGUGACUUUGGACUAUCCUAAGGAGGACUAUAGAUGAAAUAGAUCUGCCAUAAAAAAAAAAAAAAAACCUUCAACCCUUCACACGGAAAGACGGGCUCUCUCCUACUGACGUCACCUCUGGACCAGUGCCUGUACAGUCCUUAAUAAGCAGGGCACUCUUGUAACGUUACAAGUCAAUGCUGGAUAACUAGCGUUGUCUUUAACACAAUGGCAAAGUUUUGAUGUUCAUGUGCAAUGAUACUUUUGGUGAAACUGAAAAAAAAAAAAAGUGGAUGUGCAUUGCUUAACGAUCAUGCAUUAGAAAUUAUGUGUCAGUCUGUGCAAAAAAAGACAUUCUCCUGCAGCCUUAUCUUCUACGCUGCUUCUAUCUUGGUAUUUGUUCAUCAGGAAAAAUUUUAUUAAGAUUGAGCAAUUUGAUACGUUUAAAUAUGAACUCAUGAUGUACAUAUCAAUAGAUACGGACGUUACUUCUGGGAAAUUGUGAUUUAACAAAUGCUGGCUAAAGUAACUCGGGGCUCGCAUUGAACUGUAUCAUAAUAAUGUUCUGCUGUAGCAGGAUAUGUGAAUACCACACAUGCGGGAGACCCGGGCAGCACAUACGGCUUGGAACUGUUAGUGUAUUUUGUGUAUAGAAGGAUUUAUGGAGAGCUUUUACUUAUUUUCAUAUUGUAUUUUAACUGGUCCUCAAAUCGAUUUUUUAAAAAUAUUUUUUGUUUUGUUCAGUAUUUGGAGCUCUAGAUCUUCUAUUGGAAUUUUUCAUCCUAGAUCAUAGUAUUGCUUUAUCCACACUUUCAAGCUGUGUAUUUUCUUACAAUAAAACGAAUCAGUACAAUGCUUUA